AUGGGCGUCGAAGUCUCAUACUUCCUAGUCCCAGUCUCAGGCGGACUCCCAAUUCAACCGAACAACUCCAACUUUGUCAAUACCUACGACUUCGUUCAGAAUGGCUUUGAGUGGGAGCAAUGGUUCAUGGAACGAGGCGACGGCAACAAAGUCGCAUUUCGAAACCGUGCUUCGGGCAAGUAUUUGAGAGCUCAAGGAGGCAAUGCAGGCAACUAUGUCAUCACUGGCGAGAAGGAAUGGUGGAGCCUGGAGACCGGCAGCACACCUCGUUCCUACUGGAUCAAAUGCGAAACUUACCCCAAUGCCUACCUCUGCAACCCGUACGGGUCGUAUAAAUCCCAGAACUUGAUCACGGUGUGGGGCAAGCAGGAGAUCUACAAGCAGACCAUGCUCUGGUACAUGUACGAUGAGUUGACCUGGAAGCAACAUAUCAGCUCGAGUCCUCAAGCCAACUUUGCGGGGCCUCCGUCUGAGCAGCAGCAGAAGGCGGCGGAGGUGCAACAGCAGGAGAUGGAGAAGCAAGCGAAGGAGUCUGAGGAGAAGGAGAAAGCGAGGCAGGAGAGGGAGGAGCAGUUGGCGGCAAAGGAGAAGGAAUUCGCGGAAAAGCAGAAGCAGGCAGAGGUACGGCGGAAGGACUUGGAGAGAAGACAGCAGCAGUUUGAGGCCAAAGAGAAAGCGGCAAAAGAGAGGCAGGAGCAGAUAGAAGCCCGUGAGCAAGCCCUAGCGAAGAAAGAAGCAGGCAAAGGCGACAAGAACUCCGCCAACCAGGUCUCCGAACUUCAGCGUCAGCUCUCCGAGACGCAACGGCAGCUCGAAGAACAUAGAGCUGCGCAUCACGAGAAGUCCGCUCAAGAAGAACAACUCGCCCGACAAGAGCAAGAGCAUGCUAAGACACAGGAGGCGUUGCAGGCUGUACAGCGAGAAUUGGCAGACAUGCGAGCGCAGAUGGCGAAGCGUGAUCGAGAACUCGCGUCGGCGCAGCAGCAGAAUGCUAGCAAGCCUAGUGGUGUCUCCAAGAUGAACGGUCCGUCUUCGGCUCGAGGUGGAAUUUUCACAAAAAGCGAUCAAUCGCCACUUCGCGCUGAGCCGGAAGCGAGUGCCAUCAAUCGACGUGAGCCUUUGGGUAUGAGGACGAAAGGUCCGCGACCAGCGACGCAGAGGCCAGGACCGGCGCGGAUUGAGAUUCCGAGGGACUUUCAGCGGUUGCCGCGGUUGCGUCCUUGA